AAAUAAAACUUUUAUUUUCAUCGCAGUUUAAAAUAUUUUUUAUUUACAGAGUACAUGGUCGGUCGUGUGGACAAAACUGCUGACAAAACAAAAUGCUUUUUAUCGCAGCAUUUAUUACUAUUGUAGUAUUGUAGAACGGAAAGUGCGGAAAAAUUGCAAUGAAAAAGCAAAAAAAUAUUAUUUUGUAUUUAUAGCAUAUACGUCAAGCGCUCGACGCCCGUUAACACCUCAACCAGCGGAAUGUAAACCGCUUUUGCUCGGGAUUUUGUUUUUGCUCGAACGCGGAAAUACAAAUGCGAAACAAAACAACACACUUUUAUUUUGCUAAUUGCGACUAAAAAUGUUUGGUGCAUUAUAUAAAUGGGUUUUUUUUUGUACCAAAAAGAAGCUAUUCACUUUUUAAUAAUUUUUAAAAAUAAAAUUUGACAAUUAAAUACGAACAGGCCAUAAGCAAACAAAAACGUAAACAAAGAGAUGCUCGCAUUUGAUGGAACAUUGAAGAAAUAGGGGAACAGUAAUAUUCCUCGGGUAAUUUUUGUCGAUUUGCUCUACAAAAUCAUGCUACAAAAUGUAGCCCUUUCCAUUUCGUUGUUGCUGUAUCACAAACCAAAAACGAAAGUGCCACACACAGCACACUUUUCGCUUUCUUCGCGAAAGCUUUCCUUCGAGCUUACCUGCUUUCUGAUAUCGUUUUUUAGCCGAUCUUUCACUCUCUCUAAAGCGUUUGUGCGGCGAAGUUGUGCCGUUUUUUGCCGGACAAAAUAAACAUCAAACCCGUUCCGAAGCGCAAAUGCAGUGCAGGGUGGGGGGAGGGCACGUCGCCGCUGUGUUUGGGUGGCUUUGUUUACAUUUUGGGCUACGACAGCCGUUUUGACAGCUACCGGCCAAGCAGCGCGCUGCUGUUGUUGAUCGUUUCGUUUCGCCUUUCCGCUGUUGCUGCUGCUGCGCCCUCUCGGCCGAAAGACGUACACUCGCACACUCGGGCUGCCGGGCCGCUGGACAACUGUGUGCCGGCCGUGUUUUAUCUUAUCAGUUUGCCUCGUUUUGUGUUUCACCAUUCCUCAGUGUGUGUGUGUGUUUUUUUGCAGCGUGACAAUACAGACGGCUGAUUUCAGUCCGGCAGAAGCACACAAACGCCGUGUUGGGUCGCAGUAGCGAAAUCGGAAGACAAUCGUUCUCCAAGUGGAGUUGCAGUUGUGGAAUUGGUCGCGCCCGGAAAGUCGCCCAGUAGUAUCGCCGCCAUGUGUACGCCGUCGAAAACGCUCCAGUCCUGCGUGCCGUUCCCGCUGGACGACGCGCUGCUGCAGGAGGUGGUGGAGAAGGCCAAGGACUGGGCGAUCAUGCACGGUGCCGCGAUGCGGUCCAAGCAGGACUUCAACCCGGAUGCGCUGCUGUUUGCACCGUUCAUACUGACGCCGAGCUCGUUUCCGCGCAAAGAGUUCCAGAAGGCGGUCGAGCUGCAGCCGCUGCUGAACGAGCUGAUACACGCGGUGGCGCACGACAGCCAGUUUCUGCUCGCCACGCUCAGCUCCACCGAGAAGGUGGACGAGUUUACCCGGGCCCUCAUCGCCAUCUACCGCACCGUGCUGGACGAGGGCAUUGCGCAGCCCCUCAGUUUGGGGCUGCUGCGCUCGGACUUGAUGCUGGAGACGCGGUGCGACAACGACUGCGGGGAGCGGGCGCGCGCAAUCAAUGCCUACUGCUGCUGGAAACAGGUGGAAAUCAACACGAUCGCGUCCGGUUUCGGCCAUCUCGGGCCCUCGAGCAAAUAUCUGCAAAGCUACAUUCUGUCGGAGCUUGGACAUCGGGAAAAGCUGGUCAAUCUGCCCGACAACAAGGCCCUGUCCGGGCUGUGCGAUGCGAUGGUUGAGGCGUGGAAGCUGCAGGCUCGCCCGUCCGCCGCCAUCCUGUUCGUGGUGGAGAACGUGACGUACAACAUCUGCGACCAGCGCUUUCACGAGUUUUACAUCCGCGAAACGUACCCGCACGUGGCCGUCGUGCGCCGCACGCUGACGCAGAUCGGCGAGCAGGGCCGGCUCGGCCCGGGCAAGGAGCUGCUGGUGGGCGACGUCGAGGCAAGCGUGGUGUACUUCCGAGCCGGGUACGAGCCGGGCCACUACUUCGGUGCGGGCGAGUGGGACGCCCGGCUGCUGAUCGAGCGGUCCGUCGCGAUCAAGUGCCCCUCGAUCCAGUACCAUCUGGCCGGCACGAAGAAGGUGCAGCAGGCGCUGGCCAAGCCGGACGUGCUGCGCCGGUUCGUGGGCGAUGACGCGCCUAAGAUCGAAGCGAUCCGGGACAUCUUUACCGGGCUGUACUCGCUCGACCGGGAGGAGGGCGGCGACGAGGCGGUGGCGCUCGCGCUGGCCGACCCGGAGCGGUACGUGCUGAAGCCGCAGCGCGAGGGCGGCGGCAACAACGUGUACGGUGCGGACAUCCCGGCCGCCCUGCAGGCGAUGAGCAGCGCGGAACGGUCCGCCUGGAUACUGAUGGAGCGCAUCUUUCCGCCCCUGUCCACCGGGUACAUGGUACGGCCGAAUGGGCCGGUGCCGCCCCCGCUGGUCCAGCUCGUGUCCGAGCUCGGCAUCUUCGGUGCCAUCAUCGGCUCCAAGGACAAGGUGCUGUACAACAAGCAGAUCGGGCACAUGCUGCGCACCAAGCUGUCCUCGUCCAACGAGGGAGGCGUUGCGGCCGGCUCGGGCGCCCUGGACAGUCCGUAUCUGAUCGAUUGAGGCAGACAACGCCGGCUGAACGCAUUUGUUUUUCUUACUUUGUUUGUAUAUGUUUGUCCCUUCUCUACCAUAAUGUUGUGACGUACCUCAGGCUGCUAGUUGGGCUGGAGAAAAGGAGCUUUUACACAGACAUAUUGUGCGCAGAGCAAACAACCGAUAUACGUAUGCAUGCGAAUAAUCAUAUUUACAACCGCACAGAUUGUUAGGGUAGCGUUUUUUUUCUUUGUGGAAGCAAUAAAUGGGUAUACACAAAACAGAAAAA